GGCAGGGUGAUGGGGUGGUGGCGGUGGCCGCCGCCGCCGGAGAGAGGGAGGGCGCGCAGGAGCCGCCGCCGCUGCCGCCGCCCCGGGGCCGGGCGCUGCGGCACCGCCACUUAGCGCCGCUGCCGCGGCGGCAGGAUGACUUGAUGGGAGAUUCCACUUGCGCUGAGAACAUUCCGUCUCCACAGAGCUCCCUCGGACAGCUGGGCACGGGGUCCUGAUGUGCUCUCUCUGCAGCAGCCAGAGCUCAGCAAGUCAUAUCCUGCCAUUUAAAUGCUCCUCGUGUUUGGUAGGAGUUGCCACUUGCUGGAUAUCAGAGAUAAGGAAAUUCCUGUGGUCUUGUUCUUCUUUUGCUAUCUGUGGUACAGAAAAAAAGGUCAGUUUGUUGGCGGAUAGAGAAGGAUGAUGGCAGGCAACAACCAGCUUUGCAUUCGACGUUGGACUACCAAGAAUGUGGCCAAGUGGCUGAAGGAAGAAGGUUUCUGUGAAUAUGUGGAUGUGUUGUGUAAUAGACACAGGCUAGAUGGAAUUACACUGCUGACACUUACUGAGUAUGACUUACGAUCCCCUCCUUUGGAAAUCAAAGUCCUGGGGGAUAUCAAAAGGCUAAUGCUGUCCAUACGCAAACUGCAGAAGCAACAUAUUGAUGUCCUAGAAGAGCUGGGUUACAACAGCGACAGUCACGUUGGCACAAUGUGCCCCAGUGUUGGUUCACUGCAGGGUUCAGACUGGUUUUGUAAUGGUGAAGUACCUCGGGACUACGAUGGACCAAGUACUGACUCGAACGGUGACCAGUAUCAAUAUGCCAAUGGCAAAAACAAGCACGCGGCCCGAAGACUGGACCCAGAGUAUUGGAAGACAGUUUUAAGUUGUGUGUAUGUCUUCAUAGUGUUUGGCUUUACAUCGUUUGUUAUGGUUAUAGUACAUGAGCGAGUACCUGACAUGCAAACAUAUCCACCUCUACCAGACAUAUUUCUAGACAGUGUCCCUAGGAUACCAUGGGCCUUUGCUAUGACUGAAGUAUGCGGCGUAAUUCUUUGCUAUAUUUGGCUGUUGGUUCUUCUGCUUCACAAACACAGAUCUAUACUUCUGCGAAGGCUGUGCAGCCUCAUGGGGACAGUAUUCUUAUUACGUUGCAUUACAAUGUUUGUUACCUCACUCUCUGUGCCAGGCCAGCACUUGCAGUGUACUGGAAAGUUGUAUGGCAAUGUUUGGGCAAAACUCCAGCGGGCAUUUGCAAUAUGGAGUGGCUUUGGAAUGACUCUGACUGGAGUACACACAUGUGGAGAUUACAUGUUCAGUGGUCACACUGUUGUCCUGACCAUGCUCAACUUCUUUGUCACAGAAUAUACACCAAGGAGCUGGAACUUCUUGCACACCUUGUCCUGGGUCCUGAAUCUCUUUGGAAUCUUCUUCAUUUUGGCUGCACAUGAACAUUAUUCUAUAGAUGUCUUCAUUGCCUUCUACAUCACUACAAGACUCUUUUUGUAUUACCAUACGUUGGCUAAUACUAGAGCAUAUCAACAGAGUAGGAGAGCAAGGAUCUGGUUUCCGAUGUUUUCUUUUUUUGAAUGCAAUGUUAAUGGUACUGUUCCCAAUGAGUAUUGCUGGCCCUUUUCAAAACCUACUAUACUGAAAAGACUGAUUGGCUGAAGAGUGUGUGGGUCAAUUCAGAUUUUUAUGAAGUGUUAUGACUAAGAUCCUACAAGACUAGCUGGGGCGGGGGGAAAUGUAAUAUUUUUCACUCCUCCUCCCUGCCUUGUUUCUUAGAUUCUUAGCCAUAAAAUGGGGUUCCCAUCUUUCACAAGUAUGUGUUUUGUUUUCUUGUUGCUAAAAUAGAAAACAGUGCAGGAACCGGUAAAGGCUAUCAGUGCAUCAUGCAUAUGAACCAGAAUAUUGUUACCCUUAGUAAGGUUCUGUGUGAAUGUUUAAGUAACUCUAACCUCAAGUAUUUGCUUGUACUGAAUAUGAGAUAUCCUUUACAGGUCCAAAUAAUCUCCGUUACCUGACAUGCCAGCCUUUACAUAUACUGACUAAAGAAAUCAGAACUUCAUGAAGACUUUAUUUUAAAACAGUCAUAAAUGUAAUUUUCAAAACAAACUGUGUGUAUACUUAAAAAUUGAGGAGUACUGUGUCAUAAUGAGGAAAGCAGUAUAGUUCCGUGCUAAAAGGGUCUCUUAACAAGUCUUAAAGUAUAAUUGACAGUAUAAAUGGUCUGCGUACAGGUUGCCAAAAACAAAAGUUUGCUUUGUGGCUAUGCAGCGAUUAUGGGUUUUUUUUUAAUGACAGCUCACUUAGUCUAGUCUAUCAGUUGUGUAUAUGGUUGUUCUGGCACUUGGAAGUUUUCCCUUUUGUGUUUAAAUAAAUGAAUUAAAGUAAAUGCUACAUCCACUGAAAGUAAAGUCAACUUAGCUUUAGGGAGUUUAAAGCCACAAAAUAACUUUUGUGUGGUUUUAAUUGCUUUCUACCCAAACCUUUGCAUGCUUUUUAGGAGCAGCUCUUUAACACUGGAAAGCCAGAACGGUUCUCUUCAUGUAUCUUACUGUCCCAUAAAUGGAUGGGGAAAAUGCAUGUAGUAACUCUUUCAGGAAAAAUAAUAAUAGUGAGUAUUGGAAAUAGUGCUCAUAUUGGUGUGUGUUGUAGCACUCUGGUAUCAACAAUGGUGAAUAUCUCUGGGUAUAUAUGCACAGUAUAUUUGUUUAUAUGUAUAUAUAAACACAUAGAGUAUAUGUUCAUCUAACAAGUAUGAAAAAAGACUAGUUCUUAAAUUAAGUUGCUCAUUUACUACACUGAAAGAUAAAAGUACCAUAAGCAGUUGAGUUUCAGUUGUUAAAAAAAAAAUUCCUCCACAACAAACCAACCCCCAAAACCCCAAACCAACACUCCAAGUCCAAGGGUCACCCCAUUGAUGAUCUCUUACGUGGUGGUUUGUAAGGGGACAAUACUAACGUAUUGGCUGUAGAGACCUGAAAUUAGAUUAACGCUAAAUGAAAACUGAUAGGUAAAAGGUGCAAAUCGUAAAAAGAUAGAGGCAUUUUUAUUUAGUUAUUGCAAUUUCCAAAUAGGUGGUAUAUGCAAAAGGUAGCAUAAGUCAGCCUUGGAAAGUUGCACGAAGCUUUUCCAGCUUGGUACAAGCUGACUUAAUGGCCACUGUAUACUUACGUUUGCAUGGAAAAGAAUCUCUCUGGAAUUUUGCAAGACAGUUUUCUGUUUGGAGGUUUGUAACCUCCUGUGGGCUACUUGUCGCUGUGUGGUGUUCCUUUUAUAAACCUGGAUUGUACUAACUUCACUAUCUUCCUCUCUUUGUACUAUAUUACUUUCGUAACUUAAUUUAGCUCCUGUUCCACAGAGGAAUUGUGCAUCUUAGAGUAUCUCUCCCAGCUGUAUUGAGCACAUAUACAUUGUACUAUUCUGCAGACUUUUACAUUUGUAACAUUCCAAUUUUUUGGCAAAAUUGCAGGUAUAAUACUGUGUUGUUCAAUCAGCCGUAGCCUAAUGGCUUUUCCUAUCCAAACUGGGGGUGUGUGCAUACACUUAAGGAAAAAAAAGGAGAAAAUAUUCUGAAAUAUUUAAAGACUCUUCAUUUGCUGUUCUUACCUUUCUGAUUUCAGAAAGGCAGUUUGAACAUUCCUCUUGAGGCUUAAUAAUCAAAGAGCUCUAUGUGCUAAUUUAUAUUUGCCUUUGCAAUGCACACACAAUUACUAAUGCUAUUUUUUAAAGUCUAGGAAACAUCUGUUCUCAGGAUAUGCAGGAUUGUAUUCUGAGUUAAAACAUUUGGAGAGAUAAGCAAUUGAACUGCAAAGCUAUCGAUUCUGAGUGCUAACUGGCAUAGCUGUGUCUAAACAGAAAAAUUAUUCUGCAACUUAGACAUGCAGGAGAAUUUUCAAAUACAGCCCAGUGUAACAAUGUUUACAUAAAGUAAAGCUACCAUUUCAAUACUAUUUUUUUUAAUUAAUUUCAUAUACUUUGAAACAUAAGGCUUCUCUCUUUGUUCUAAUUUAAUUUUUCAAAUUCUGUUAAGUAAAUCCAUGUUUUACAUCAGCCUGUCACUUUUUUUUAAAGGAAACAUGUUCUUUUGUGCUCUUUCCCUUGAUGCUAAAUAUCUGAGUCCAAGAUAAGUAAUUUACAGAGGCUGGUUUGGUGAGCAUUGAAGUGGGUUAAAACAUUGUUGGGGUAAUUGUCCUCUUCUAUUUUGUAAGUUCAUUGUGCUGAUAAACAUGCAAGAGGAAGGCUUGAAAUCAAUAGAAGACAGAACAGUCUUAUCUUGCAUGCAAAAGAGCACAGGUCAGUCUGUAAAAUUGCUAAUGUAAGUUUUAUUGUUAGUUAGAUGUAAACAAGUUGCAAGUAACUGACAGGCUUAAAAUUCUGUACCUCCUUUUUAAAGAGUCAGUGUUCUAAAUGCAUUUUGCUGCUUCUCUGCUGCUGACAGGCACUUUAAGUAAUGGCAGCAGAGCAUCGUUGGGCCUUGGAUUUAAUGCCAAGUACGUUCAGGGUUGUCUUUCUAUCUUAUGUUCAUGCACCAGUCUUUCUUACUGUCCUUUAACUUGCUGCACCUAAUUAGUACAAAGUCAUCUUCUGUGGGAGUGCGCAAAGCAAUCAAGUAGAGAAGUCUUAACUUAAUAAGUCUGGAUAUACAAAAGAAGGGGAGGGUCACAUUUUUGGUAGCUGAGCAAAUCUAGUAAUAUUUGAGACUUGACAAUAGUCUUGAGCUCUCCCUUAUUAUUGUCAUCAGUUUUGGGAUAUGUAUGCACAGACCUGCAAGUGAUAGACAUGUAGGCACUCCCCUCCUCCAUUUUUUUUCAUUGUACCUUAUGACAGAGCUUCUUGUAAUAGCUUUCCUAAACUUUUUGCCUUUAGUUUUUCCUUUCUGGAAGAUCUGUUAAACUGGUGGCUCUAUGACCUUACACCUGCAUACAGAAACUAGACUUUCAUAGGUGUGUUUUUUAGCAAAUUCUGAUUACACUGACAAAACCUUAUGAAAGGGUCUUUAAACAAGGUUCCUUUAGGUGUUCUUGAAAAAUUAUAUAGAAAUCUUCCAUAUAUGCUGAUUAUCUUCAUGUCCUCUGGCAAACAAGAUAACAUUUAUACCAAGUGUUGGUGCAGAAAUGUAGAUAGGCCUGAAGUAUUUAAAUAUUCGAGACUAGCAAGUAUACUGCUUGUGAUGAUGCAAAUGAUGUGCUUAACUUUAGGCAAAAGCUGCUCUUGACUUCAGUGAGGGCUACCAUUUAAGUUUAAGCAUUGUCUUGGAUAAGGCCAAGUACAUGCUGUACAUGGUCGGCUGCUACGGUUAUGAGAAUAGGUAAUGUCACUUUGGUUUUGGUUUUCCCUGAUUUCUGCCCACGCCCAUCUAUUAUAGAGGAAAACAUUCCAGGAGAAUUAAAAAAAAAAUACUACUUAACUUGGUUCUGAGAAAAUAAAUCUGAAAAAAAAAGAAGCAAUGAAACAAAACCUUGAUAGUUGCUUUAAGAUGCAAGAAUCAGUUAAAUGAUUUGGAAAAAAAAAGGUUAUUUUUUGAUGCAAGCAUGUUAAUGAGGUUAUUUAGAAAUAUUGAAACCCUUCAAUGUGGAUAAAAGCACAGGUUGCUAUAAUCUUCUUUUCUGUACAGCUGUGUCUCAUGUAGUGCCAAAGAGUACUGAAGAGAAAGAAGGAAGCGUUGAACUCGGACAUCAGUACAAGUCUUCUGCAACAGUUAGUAUCUCCUUGAGUUUUUUAAGCAGUGCUUGCAUACUUAGUGCUACACUUGUUCAUUACUAUUUAGCUAGUUUUUUGAUGUAUGAAAGUCCACUAGGUUUUCACGCACCAAAACUAUUGUGGAGUUGAGUCUUAAUAAUUAAAUACGCAUUUGAAGAAAUAGCAGAUGUCUUAGGAAAAAAAAGAAAAGUAGGUUUUGUGGACGUGGAGUAUAAUGAAAGUAACCUGUAACAACUAUGUUAGUUUUUCAUCCUGUCCAUGUAGUUUCUACUGAAGAGUUGGGGAGAAUUUGUAGUAGUUGACAGUAUUGAUUUUUCUGUUUUUUUUUUAAUAAUCUAGGAUACUUUUGUAGAAACAUGACCUGUAACUACAAAACCCAUCAUAGACUUAUCAAGAUGGAUAUAUAUUGGGCAGAAGUCCUAGCAGCGAGCCAGCUUACCCUCUGAAUUGUUUUGCGCAUGUAGACUUUAUCAAUCAAGGGUUAAUUAAUAGACCACUGAUGAUUGAUAUAGAUGAUUACUAUUUCUGAUGCAUCUUUGACAUUGUCCCUAUUCUAAUUGAAACAGUAUUUCUGGGGGAAAAAAGUCCUCUGGAGCGAACUUACUCAUGUUGUCUUCAUUAUAUGAAGAAAAACACCGAAACCCCCUCACAAUCCCUCAAACACUAUAGUAUUGUGAACACUGAGCUUUCCGUAUAGCAGUAUCCUGCAUACUUACUGUUAGUAACUUAAGAAAUUUGCAGUGAGUAUUAUGUACAUAGUUCAAUGACAUGCACAUUUUUAAAGCCAGUUUGUAAUAGGUGUGCAAGAUCUUAAGGUGAUAAACGUUGAGCACAAUAACCUGACCUGUUAGCCCAGUGACUGCGUAGUUAGGAAGACUAACUGUAACUUAGUUUUGCUUUUUCAAUUCCGUUUUGUCAAAUAUGAGAAAUUUGUCAAAUGUGAGAAACCACAAACUGCAUUGUAUGUGGUACUUAACAUACUAGGGAUGUAGAAAUACGGCUUUUCACACUGACAGUUACUUCAGUUUUAUUCCAACAGAGAAAAUAGUAUUACCUAAUGGCUAGAAGGAGUGCCAGUGAAGUUUAAAGUGAGUACUGUAAAUAAGUAAAUAUUGUUUUGAUUCUAAACUCAGAUUGAAUUAAUAUAUUGUUUUCUAUCUUUGUUGUAUUAAAACAUAUUUAAAAGUACUAAAAUAAAAUAUUUGAAAGAUGACAAA